CUGAGAAUUGUGGACAGAUCCAUGCUCAAGCCCACCAUGGUGUGGAACAUAUCUACACUCUAUGUUCUGGCCCUGGCUUUGACCUGUGGCCUUCAUGUGAACGCAGUGAGGGUGCGCCGAAGCAACCAUGUCAGCAACAUUUGUAGCAUGUGGGGAAAUUUUCACUUUAAGACGUUUGAUGGAGAUGUCUACCAGUUCCAAGGCACUUGUGAAUAUAACCUUGUCUCUGACUGCCACGGGCCUGUGCAGGGUUUCUCUGUACAUGUGAAAAGAGCACAGACUCCUGGAAACCCAGAAAUCACCAGAGUGAUGGUCACUAUAGGAGGCAUAAGCACUGAGCUCACCAAGAAACUUGUUAGGGUUAACAGAGAAGUUGUAAAACUGCCACAUUAUGUAGCAGGGGUGAUGCUUGAAGAGAACUCUAUAUACAUUAAACUUUAUGCCAAACUGGGCCUCAGUGUCACAUGGAAUAGAGAUGACGCUGUCACGGUGGAAGUGGACAGUAAAUAUUUUAAUCGUACCUGUGGACUUUGUGGAGAUUUCAAUGGGGUUCCUGUUUUUGAUAAGUCCCUAAGUGAUGGUCGUGUAACUGGUUUCAUUGAAUUUGGCAACAAACACAGGAUUCACAACCCCAAUGACAAUUGCGAGGACCCUUAUGAAACAUUUGAGAGUGAAGCAAACCCACUUGACAAGUGCCAACCAUUUCGAGAUGAGUGUUCUGAGCUACUAUUGGGUGAACCCUGGUCCUUUUGUAGGAGUGUUUUAAGUCCAGAACCUUAUGUGCAAGCCUGCAUGAUGGACAAGUGCAUGAGUCGCCCAGGGGACACUGAGGACACUGUGUCUCUUUGCAGCACCCUGUCUGAGUACUCCCGCCAGUGCUCCCAUUCAGGGGGAAGACCACCCAACUGGAGAAAAUCAACCUUCUGUGCUGUAACGUGCCCUUUUAGCAUGGAGUACUCUGAGAGUGGUUCCCCCUGUCUGGACACGUGCACACACGCCGACACCAGCUCAUUGUGUGAGGAGCACAAGAUGGAUGGCUGCUUCUGCCCACCUGGUACUGUGUUUGAUGAUAUCUCUGAGAGGGGCUGUAUCCUUCAGGAACAGUGCCAGUGUAAGCACGACAAGGUGUACAACCCUGGAGAGGUUCUGCUCAAGAAUGAUGAAGAAUGUGUUUGUCAACAGGGAAAAUGGAUGUGCAAAAGUCUGUCCAUCCCAGGUGUGUGUGCAAUGGAGGAGGGUUUGCACUUCACCACUUUUGAUGGAAAAGAAUUUACCUUUCAUGGGAACUGCUAUUAUGUUCUUUCCAAGGACUGUGUGGACUCUAAGUUCAUUCUAUUGGGACAGCUUGUUCCUUGUGUCGCCAAUCCUUCAGACACAUGCUUGAAAUCAGUUGCAUUUAUACUCAACAAUGACAAAAGUAAUGCCUUAAUCAUCAAAGAUGAUGGGAUUGUAAGGCAGAAUGGAGAUCUAAAAGUUCCUUACAGCUCUGCUGAAUUCACCGUAUUCAGACCAUCGUCCUUCCACAUCAUGUUGCAGACCAGUUUUGGGCUUCAGGUCCAGGUGCAGCUUGUUCCCCUCAUGCAGCUUUACAUCACCCUGGAUCAGAGCUUUCACGCCAAGACCUGUGGUCUGUGUGGAAACUUUAACUUGGUGCUGUCUGAUGAACUGUUGACUUCACAAGGUGUAGUUGAAGGGACAGCCACAUCAUUUGCGAAUUCCUGGAAAGCUCAGUCCAAUUGUCCUGACCAAAUUGAAAGGCUUGAUGAUCCCUGCAGCUACAGCAUAGAUAGCGAGAGCUAUGCAGAGCACUGGUGCUCUAAACUGAAAGAGAAGAAAGGUGUUUUUGCCAAAUGCCAUUCUGCUAUAAACCCAGAAAAGUACUACAAGAGGUGUAAAUAUUCAAGUUGCACAUGUGAGAAGAGCGAGGACUGUUUGUGUGCUGUCUUCUCCUCCUACGUUCGGGCGUGUGCGGCAAAGGGGGUGUUUUUGCAAGGCUGGAGAGAAACUGUGUGCGAUAAAUACACUAAAAGCUGCCCAGCUUCCCAGACUUUCACUUACAAGCUUCAGCAAUGCCAGCGCACGUGUGACUCCCUUAGCCUUGAUCGUCAGGGCUGUAGCACUGACUACCUGCCUGUGGAUGGGUGUGCCUGUCCAGAAGGGCUAUAUGAGGGUGAAAAUGGUGUUUGUGUGCCCAUGGACAAAUGCCCCUGCUAUUACAAUGGAGAGCACAUUAAACCUGGCAAAUCAAUCAACAUUAAAAAUGAGCACUGUAUUUGUGCAAAUGGAAAGCUUCAGUGCCACUCCCUGACACCUCAUGUUAAAGCCUGUCGUGCUCCAAAGGUCUUCUUUAACUGCAGUACAGCAGAGCCAGAUGAGCAUGGAUUAGAGUGUGCGCAAACAUGUGCACAAAAGGAUGUUGAUUGUUAUCUUGCAGACUGUGAGUCAGGGUGUCAGUGUCCCACAGGUCUGCUUGAUGAUGGUCGUGGUUCCUGUGUUAAGGAGCAUGAUUGCCCUUGCAAACAUAACAAUGAGUUUUAUGCUCCAGGUUCUCAAAUUCCAGAAGAGUGUAACACAUGCAUCUGUAAACAUGGCAAAUGGCAUUGCACUCAGAAACAAUGCCCUGGCACCUGCACAAUCUAUGGCAGUGGACAUUACAAGACUUUCGAUAAGCAAAGAUUUGGUUUUAGUGGAGACUGUAGUUACAUAGCUCUACAGGACAAGUGUGGAAAUAAGACAGGAACAUUUCAUGUGAUCACAGAGAAUGUACCAUGUGGGACAACAGGGACUACGUGUUCCAAAGCUGUGCGGAUUGUAUUGGGAAGAACAGAGCUGGAGUUAAGUGAUGGUAAAAUAACAGAAAUUGAGGCUGCAACCAGCCUAUCUAUUAACUUCAAUGUGAGGAAUGUGGGUCUUUACCUGGUCAUAGAAUCUGAUAUUGGCUUAACAGUUUUGUGGGACCGUAAAACAACAGUCCGAAUCAUUCUUCAACCCCAGCAUAUGGGAGAGGUUUGUGGAUUGUGCGGAAACUACAAUGGAAAUGGCAAAGAUGACUUCAUUACUCAAGGCCUGCUGCAUGUUUCUGAUGUUCUGGAGUUUGUAAACAGCUGGAAAGUACAAAGCCAUUGCCCUGACGCUAAGCCAGACUUUGAUCCCUGUUUUAAAACACCUAACCGCCACACUUGGGCAAAGCUGCAGUGUAGCAUUAUUAAAUCUGACACUUUUAAAGACUGCCACAAUAAGGUGGAAUGGACCCCAUACUUUGAAAACUGUGUAAAAGAUUCAUGCUCAUGUGACACUGGUGGCGACUGUGAAUGUUUUUGCACUGCUGUGGCAGCUUAUGCACAAGCCUGUAAUGAAGCAGGCGUCUGUGUGGCCUGGAGAACCCCAGAGAUCUGUCCUGUGUUUUGUGACUACUAUAAUCACCAACAUGAAUGCACAUGGCACUACAGCCCCUGUCACACACCAUGCUACAAAACCUGCCUCAACCCCAGUGACAAUUGCACCAAUCUUUUACCUAACGUGGAGGGAUGUUAUCCCAAAUGUCCAGAGGAGAAGCCAAUUUUUGAUGAGAAGAAUCAGAUAUGUGUUGAGAAAUGUAAUGGAUGCAUCAUCAAUGGAACAGAGUAUAAACCUGGGGAGUACAUACCAACUCAAAUACCAUGCUAUUUAUGUUACUGUGGUAAAGAUGGAAGUGAAAACUGUUUUCUCCAACCUGUGACAGCCACCACUAGUGCCGUACUAACAAAUACACCACCAGCUACAGCGACACCAAUGGUGAAAACCACAACUCCUGGAUCAAGUACAGCAACUGAAGGCAGUACAACUCAAUUUACUCUACAAACAUCUAGCAGUGAAACAACUCCCAAAGCAACAACUACACCAGUGGGGACAACAACUACAACUCCUAGAUCAAGUACAGCAGGUAAAGGCAGUACAACCCCUCUUACUUUGCAAACAUCUACAAUUGAAAUCACUUCCAAGGCAACAAGUACACCAGUGGGGACAACAACUAUAACUCCUGAAUCAAGCUCAACAGGUAAAGGGAGCACAACCCCUCUUACUUUGCAAACAUCAACCAGUGGAACAACUCCCAAAGCAACAGCCACACCAGUAGGGACAACAACUGCAACUCCUGGAUCAAGUACAAUAGGUAUAGGCAGUACAUCCUCUCUUACUUUGCAAACAUCUACUAGUGGAACCACUUCCAAAGCAACAAGUACACAAGUAGGGACAACAACUAUGACUACCGAAUCAAGUUCAACAGGUAAAGGCAGCACAACCCCUCUUACUUUGCAAACAUCUACCAGUGGAACAACUUUGAAAGCAACAACUACACCAAUGGUGACAAAGACUCCAAUUUCUGCAACGAGUACAACAGGUAAAGGCAGUACAACACCCCAAACUCAGCAAACAACUGCAAGUGGAACACCUCCCAAAGCAACAACUACACCAGUGGUGACAACAACUACAACUCCUGAAUCAAGUACAACAGGUAAAGGCGGCACAACCCCUCUUACUUUGCAAACAUUUGCAAGUGAAAAAACUCCCAAUGCAACAACUACACCGGUGAAUACAACAACUAUAAUUGCUGGAUCAAGUUCAACAGGUAAAGGCAGUACAACACCUCUUACUCUGCAAACAUCUACAAUUGGAACCACUUCCGAAGCAACAACUACACAAGUGGUGAAAAAGACUCCAAUUACUGGCUCAAGUACAACAGGUAAAAGCAGUACAACACCCCAAACUCAGCAAACAUCUGCAAGUGGAACAACCUCUCAAAUUAUGUCCAUAACACCAAAUACACCAGCAGCUACAACUCCUGGAUCAAUAGUGACAACAGCGUUAACUUCUCAAUCAAUUACAACAGGUGAAGGCAGUACAACACCCACUUCUGUGCAAACGUCUACUAGUGGAACAAUUCCCAAACCAACAACUAUGGUAGUAGUUACUUUAGUAGGGACCCCUGUAAGUAGCGCACAGGAGACAAUAACUACUACUUCUGGAUCAAGUACAGAAAGUAAAGGCAGCACAAUCCCUUUUACCCUGCGAACAUCUACUAGUGAAACAACUUUGAAAGCAACAACUACACCAAUCGUGACAAAGACGUCAAUUUCUGGAUCGAGUACAACAGGUAAAGGCACUACAACACCCCAAACUCAGCAAACAUCUGCAAGUGGAACAACUCCCAAAGGAACAACUAAAUCAGUGGGGACAGGAACUAUAACUCCUGGAUCAAGUACACCAGGUAAAGGCACUACAACCCCUCUUACUCUGCAAUCAUCUACCAGUGAAACAACUCCCAAAGCAACAGCCACACCAGUAGGGACAACAACUGCAACUCCUGGAUCAAGUACAAUAGGAAUAGGCAGUACAACCUCUCUUACUUUGCAAACAUCUACUAGUGGAACCACUUCCAAAGAAACAAGUACACUAGUAGGGACAACAACUGUGACUCCCAAAUCAAGUUCAACAGGUAAAGGCAGCACAACCCCUCUUACUUUGCAAACAUCUACCAGUGGAACAACUUUGAAAGCAACAACUACACCAAUGGUGACAAAGACUCCAAUUUCUGGAACGAGUACAACAGGUAAAGGCAGUACAACCCCCCAAACUCAGCAAACAACUGCAAGUGGAACACCUCCCAAAGCAACAACUACACCAGUGGUGACAACAACUACAACUCCUGGAUCAAGUAAAACAGGUAAAGGCGGCACAACCCCUCUUACUUUGCAAACAUCUAUAAGUGAAACCACUUUUAAAGCAACAGCUACAACAGUGGUGACAAAGACUUCAACUCCUGGAUCGAGUUCAACAGGUAAAGGGAGCACAACCCCUUUUACAUUGCAAACAUCUACCAGUGGAACCACUUCCAAAGCAACAAUUACUCCAGUGGUGACAAUGACUCCAAUUUCUGGAUCAAUUACAACAGCUAAAGGCAGUACAACACCCCAAACUCAGCAAACAUCAACCAGUGAGACAACUCCCAAAGGAACAACUACACCAGUGGGGACAGGAACUAUAACUCCUGGAUCAAGUACAACAGGUAAAGGCACUACAAUCCCUUUUACUCUGCAAUCAUCUACCAGUGAAACAACUCCCAAAGCAACAGCCACACCAGUAGGGACAACAACUGCAACUCCUGGAUCAAGUACAAUAGGUAUAGGCAGUACAACCUCUCUUACUUUGCAAACAUCUACUAGUGGAACCACUUCCAAAGCAACAAGUACACCAGUAGGGACAACAACUAUGACUACCGAAUUAAGUUCAACAGGUAAAGGCAGCACAACUCCUCUUACUUUGCAAACAUCUACCAGUGGAACAACUUUGAAAGCAACAACCACACCAAUGGUGACAAAGACUCCAAUUUCUGGAACAAGUACAACAGGUAAAGGCAGUACAACACCCCCAACUCAGCAAACACCUGCAAGUGGAAAACCUCCCAAAGCAACAAGUACACCAGCGGUGACAACAACUACAACUCCUGGAUCAAGUACAAUAGGUAGAGGCAGCACAACGCCUCUUACUCUGCAAUCAUCUACCAGUGAAACAACUUUCAAAGCAACAAGUACACCAGUCAGGACAACAACUAUAAUUCCUGGAUCAAGUUCAACAGGUAAAGGGAGCACAACCCCUCUUACUUUGCAAACAUCAACCAGUGGAACAACUUCCAAAGCAACAGCUACACCAGUGGUGACAAAGACUCCAACUCCUGGAUCGAGUACAACAGGUAAAGGCAAUACAACACCCCAAACUCAGCAAACAUCUGCAAGUGAAAAAACUCCCAAAGCAACAACUUCACCAGUGAAUAUAACAACUACAACUCCUGGAUCAAGUAGAAUAGGUAGAGGCAGCACAACCCCUCUUACUUUGCAAACAUCAACCAGUGGAACAACAUCCAAAGCAACAGCUACACCAGUGGUGACAACAACGACAAAUCCAGGAUCAAGUACGGCAGGUAAAGGCAGUACAACCCCUCUUACUUUGCAAACAUCUACCAGUGGAACAACUGCCAAAGCAACAGCUACACCAGUGCUGACAACAACUACAACUGCUGGAUUAAGUACAACAAGUAAAGGCAGCACAACUCUUUUAAAUUUGCAAACAUCUACCAGUGGAAGCAAUUCCAAAGCAACAAUUACACCGGUGGUGACAAAGACUCCAAUUUCUGGAUCAAGUACAACAGGUAAAGGCAGUACAACACCCACAACUCAGCAAACAUCUGCAAGUGGAACAACUCCGAAAGCAACAAGUACACCAGUGGGGACAACAACUAUAACUCCUGAAUCAAGCUCAACAGGUAAAGGGAGCACAACCCCUCUUACUUUGCAAACAUCAACCAGUGGAACAACUUCCAAAGCAACAGCUACACCAGUGGUGACAAAGACUCCAACUCCUGGAUCGAGUACAACAGGUAAAGGCAAUACAACACCCCAAACUCAGCAAACAUCUGCAAGUGAAAAAACUCCCAAAGCAACAACUUCACCAGUGAAUAUAACAACUACAACUCCUGGAUCAACAACAGCUACACCAGUGGUGACAACAACGACAAAUUCAGGAUCAAGUACGGCAGGUAAAGGCAGUACAACCCCUCUUACUUUGCAAACAUCUACCAGUGGAACAACUGCCAAAGCAACAGCUACACCAGUGCUGACAACAACUACAACUGCUGGAUUAAGUACAACAAUGGUGACAAAGACUCCAAUUUCUGGAUCAAGUACAACAGGUAAAGGCAGUACAACACCCAAAACUCAGCAAACAUCUGCAAGUGGAACAACUCCGAAAGCAACAAGUACACCAGUGGGGACAACAACUAUAACUCCUGAAUCAAGCUCAACAGGUAAAGGGAGCACAACCCCUCUUACUUUGCAAACAUCAACCAGUGGAACAACUUCCAAAGCAACAGCUACACCAGUGGUGACAAAGACUCCAACUCCUGGAUCGAGUACAACAGGUAAAGGCAAUACAACACCCCAAACUCAGCAAACAUCUGCAAGUGAAAAAACUCCCAAAGCAACAACUUCACCAGUGAAUAUAACAACUACAACUCCUGGAUCAAGUAGAAUAGGUAGAGGCAGCACAACCCCUCUUACUUUGCAAACAUCAACCAGUGGAACAACAUCCAAAGCAACAGCUACACCAGUGGUGACAACAACGACAAAUCCAGGAUCAAGUACGACAGGUAAAGGCAGUACAACCCCUCUUACUUUGCAAACAUCUACCAGUGGAACAACUGCCAAAGCAACAGCUACACCAGUACUGACAACAACUACAACUGCUGGAUUAAGUACAACAAUGGUGACAAAGACUCCAAUUUCUGGAACGAGUACAACAGGUAAAGGCAGUACAACCCCCCAAACUCAGCAAACAACUGCAAGUGGAACAACUCCGAAAGCAACAAUUACACCAGUGGUAACAACAACUACAACUCCUGGAUCAAGUUUAACAGGUAAAAGCAGCACAACCCCUCUUACUUUGCAAACAUCAACCAGUGGAACAACUUCCAAAGCAACAGCUACACCAGUGGUGACGAAGACUUCAAUUUCUAGAACGAGUACAACAGCUACCUCUAUAUCAGCACCUCUGAAAAACUGCACAAAAUGGGGAGUAUCUGAAAAUGAGACAUUUGUGAUCUGUAACUGCACACUGGCCAGGUGCAUUGAAGACUAUACUGUUGAGAUAAUUCCAUAUGAAUGUCCACCCCUCCAAAACAUCACUUGUUCUAAUGGAAAACCACCUGUGCAAGUUCCUGACAAAUAUCACUGUUGUAAAGAACUUGCCUGUGACUGUUUUUGUGAAGGUUGGGGUGAUCCUCACUAUAAAACAUUUGAUGGACUGUUCUAUAGUUAUCAAGGAGAAUGUACAUAUGUUUUAAUGGAAGAAAUCAGUCCUAAACACAACUUAAAAAUCUACAUUGAGAAUGUUAAGUGUGAUCUCCGAGAAUCUGUGUCCUGCCCAAGAGCUAUCAUCGUGUCCUACAACAAUCAAGUGAUCACAUUAAAAAACCACAACCUUAUAGGAGCUGCCAAGCUGGAGGCUUUAAUGGAUCAUUCUGCUCUGAACAUACCAUUUUAUCAAGGUGGUGUGAGGGUAGUGAGCUCACAGUUAAACUUAAUCCUGGAGAUUCCACAGCUCAGAGUUGUGGUAAUGUUUGGAGUCACUGGUUUUAGUGUCAACUUGCCAUUCCAGCAUUUUGGAAACAACACACAAGGGCACUGUGGUACCUGCAACAACAAUCAGGCUGAUGACUGCAUGCUACCAGGGGGGGGAAUUGUAAAAGACUGUGCCGUAAUGGCAAAUUACUGGAAGGCUAAAGGCAAUACUAAAUGCAAACCGCCCCCACCACCUGAACUUGCCAAACCUCCUUGUGUAAUCAACCCAGUGUGUGAGCUGCUGAAGAGCGAGUUGUUUAAAGAGUGUCAUCCUCACCUUACCCCUGACAACUACAUCACUGGCUGCCAGUUUGACAGUUGUCAUAUGAGCAACCCAGCUGUAGUCUGCUCCAGUCUUCAGACCUAUGCAGUAGCUUGCUCUCGGCUUGGUAUCUGCAUAAACUGGAGGGACCACACUGAUCUUUGCCCCGUUGAAUGUCCAGAAGACAAAGUAUACCAAGCCUGUGGACCUGCUGAUCCUCCAACCUGCAAAGACAAGCAUCAAGACCAUUUUCUGAAUUCAACUACUGAGGGUUGUUUCUGUCCUGAUGGCAUGCAGCUCUUCAAUAAAGAGUCAAAACAGUGUGUUGAGAAAUGCGGGUGCUUGGACCCCUCUGGUAAAGGACGAGAGCUUGGAGAACAAUUCCAGUAUGGUUGCCAGGACUGUGUCUGUGAUAAAACAUCUGCAACAAUCACUUGUAAACCAAAGCAGUGUUCAAACAACAACCAAGUGACCUGCAACAAUCCAGGAUUUAUUGUUGUCAAUGUGACGGAUCCAUCAGAUGCCUGUUGCUCUAUCCUUACCUGCCGCUGUGAGAGCAGCACCUGUCCCAGAAUAAAUGACCAGUGUCCUUUUGGCUACGCUCCAGUACUCAAAUUGCCCGAAGGCAAAUGCUGCCCUGAAUUAACAUGCGAUCCAAAGAAAGUCUGUGUCCAUAAUGGACUGGAGUAUAAGCCUGGUACUUCAAUCCCUGUAUUUAACUGUCAGGAGUGCAACUGCACCUGGAUUGUGGAUCCCAAAACACAACUGUAUAAGGUCAAGUGUGGAUUAAUAACUUGCAGUGACAAGUGUGAGCCAGGAUAUGUAUAUGUGAAAUCAAACUCUACUGAAUGCUGUGGAAAAUGUGUCAUUAAACACAAGAACAAAUGUGUCAUUAAACACAAUGGCACAGUACACACAUUGGAGAGUGGAACAGAAUGGACUCCUUCACAUGAUGCCUGUAACAAGUUUAUCUGCACCACGAUUGAUGGACAAUAUGUUACUACUAACCACAAGAUCCACUGUCCACCAUUCAAUAUUGACUAUUGUCAGCCUGGUACUGUGCAGCUUUCUGCUAAUCGCUGCUGCCAAGUCUGUGUGGAGAAGGAAAAGGGAUGUAAAGUACAGAGCACUUUUGAUUAUAUCACUCACAACAACUGCCGGUCAAAGACGAAAAUAGAGCAAACACACUGCCAGGGACACUGUAACAGCUACACAAAGUACACUGAGUUGGGCUCUUCAUCUUGUAGCUGUUGCCAAGCGAGCCUCACCAGUAUCCACACAGUGAAUCUCUAUUGCCCGAACGGACAUUCAAUAUCUCACACCUACUUCCUUGUGGAGGAAUGCAGUUGUAACCAGGCUAAUUGUCUCAAAGACCAGAAUGCACACACUAACAUAGGAGAUACUCGCCGGAGACGCAGCAUCAAACUCCCCUAAGGAUUUAUUUUGACCACAAUCUUUUACUUUUUUUGACUUUGCAUUUUUUUUUUAUCAAAGAAUUAGAAAAGAUUUAAAAUGCUCC